AUGAAUACGACUGUGGCUAACGAAACGAAUCUAUACGAAUGUAUACCGGCAGAAGAUAGAUAUUGUUACCUUAUAAAUGCCAUAAACACAAUUGUGUACGGUCUUAACAAUACUGGACCGGGUUUUUCAGCAAAUCUUGAUCAAGUUCCUGAUAACUUGAAUCUUAACGAGAUCCUAGGUUUUUCUCUACAAUACUUGGCCCAAUAUUUUCUCGACUAUCCUCAGCUUGCACCCGCUGAUUGGGACUUUAUUAAAUUUGAUUUAUUUCGUAUUAUCAACUUAUUAGACACUCAAGGGACAUCAGCAGUAUUCUUUGUUCGUGAUUUAAAAUAUUAUAUACAACGUUUUGUUACUCAAGAGAAUGCAGUCAAAUUAGCCUUACUUUAUUUGCGUAAUGCACCAAAAAAUUUUCAGGAUUAUAUUUUACAUGUUUAUCUUGGUGAAGUUAAAACACCUAAAUGUCGAUUUGCUAUGGCAACUUGGUUUCAGGACAUACAAAAUCCAUUGAAAAAUACUUGGGCUUUUAGAAUGUUUGACGCAAGUGGGAAGCCACCAUCGAAUCUAUUGGCUGCCAAUAUCAACUGGAUGGGUGAUUGGAGAAGUUGUCAUAAAGUAUCCUAUGGUAACAAAACAACACCACUAAAUUUUAAAGGAAAAUAUUGUCGGGCAAAAAUACGUGCUAGCCCUGAACUAUUGGCUGGAGCUGGUGGUGCUGUUAGUAAUUUUCCGGGAGAUCCUGCUACAUUGGCUGCUGUUGAUCUUGGAUUGUGCGUACCAGAUUACUGUGAGGAAUCAGAUAUAGUUCCAAUGGUUAGAAACACGUUACAAUUGUUAACAAUCCAUCAACAAACGUUUAUUGCCCCAAAUGGUGUUUAUUGUGAAAAGGACGCAGAGCCUGAUUUCCGAUAUUACAUCUCCAUUACACUGAUAGCAAUAUUAACCGUGAUUGUUAUUUUGGCAACAUUAUAUGAUUGUUUUUAUCGUGCUUGUAUAAAUAAACCAUUUGCAUCGAUGAAUUCAUUGACCAUUUCUAAUGCACAAGAUUUAUGUAAUCUUUCAUCACGAGAACAGAGACCACAUGCCAUCUAUUAUGCAAAUUUAAAUGCCAAUCAGUAUCAAUUUUCGAAUCGGUUACAACUACAUGGGAUGAGUUAUAAAAAUGAGCCAGUCAAACUUGUUGUACAGCAAAAACGGAAAAUAUGGUAUAAACAAUUUAUUUAUCGUGUACAUCAAAUCCUCAUUGAUCUCUCAGCUUACACAUCCAUUCUAAAACCGAUGUCUCAAUCAGGCGCUAUGCAAUGUCUAAAUGGUUUACGUGUGAUUAGUAUGAUAUGGAUUAUUUGGGGUCAUACAUACAAUUAUUUGGGCGAUCAAAGUUAUUUUCUAUUAGUACAAAAUGCAUUAGAUUUACUUGAUUUUCAAAAACGUUUAGAUGCGCAAUUGAUCAUAAAUGCAUUGUAUGGUGUUGAUACAUUUUUUGUUAUUAGUGCAAUGCUGGCCUCGCUAUCAAUAAUGAGAAUGUUAAAAAAAAACGGUAUGCCAAGAUGGUAUGUAUGGUUACUGAUGUAUGUCGAACGUUAUUUACGUUUGAUACCACCGUACAUUAUGAUAUUUUUGUUAUACAUCUAUGUUGUACCACAUAUUGGUAGUGGUCCCUUAUGGACAGCGAAAGAUUUUCCCAUGAAGAAUGAAGAUUGUCACAAUUAUUGGUGGGCGUAUUUUUUACUAAUCAAUAAUUUUGUUCCCGGAGGUCGCGGUACGCGAUGUUUAGGCUAUUUUUGGUAUGUUAGCAAUGAUUUUCAAUUAUUUUUACUGUGUCCACUCUUGAUUGUACCAUUAUACUAUUAUCCAAUCGUGGGAUCAUGUAUAUUAAUAGGAGUCCUAAUCGCCAGUACCAUGGUUUUAAUGGGCAAUGUUGCUAACACUUAUAUUUGGGGAAAUAUUAUUGUCACCUUACAAGAAAUAUGGGAAGAUACCUACAUUAAACCUUAUUGUCGUGCUGGUCCGUACGUAAUUGGUAUUUUUCUAGGAUAUAUUUUAUUUAAAACCGAUAAGAAAAAAGUUUAUUUACAUCCGCUAUGGCAUCUAGUCGGUUGGCUUUUUACAAUAGCUUUUAUGGGUGUAUCGUUAUUCGGCGGUUUUCAAAAUCACAAAGAAAAUCCUGUCAACAUGUCUGUAACUGAAUACACUCUCUAUUUCGCAUUAUCAAGAAUCUCAUGGCCACUGGCAGUUAGCUGGAUUAUUUUUUCUUGUUACAAAGGUUUAGCACCAUUGGUUGAUAGCAUUCUCUCCUGGAGAGGAUUUACAUUUUUUGCUCAUAUUUCGUAUACGACAUAUUUGAUCCACCCAAUGAUUAUGGUCUAUUACUUAUUUGCACAACAAAGCUUAUUUCACGCUACCGAUAUAACACUCUUAUACAUGUUUCUCGGUCAUGUAAUAUUUGCUUUGCUAUUAGGAUUUGCCGCUCACAUUAUUUUCGAACGUACUUUUGGGGUUGUUAUCGGAUUAAUUUUACCAAAACGAAGACGAUAA